AUUCCACCCUUCCGCUGCCGCUUCCUUUCCUUUCCUUUCUGCUCUCCUCCUCCUCCUCCGGCCCUUUCGAUCGCUCGUCGGCGAGUCCGGGGCUAAAUUUUGUCUUUUGAUCUCGAUUGGAAGCGUCCUGGUGUGGUUCUUUUUUACUUUGUGCGACAGAUUUGGAUCUUCCUGGCGCAGCCUUCUCCUUUGAAUAGGAAGCAUUCUCUAAGCACAGAUCCUACAGUGCAGUGUAAAUAUAGCAGAUCAGAUUGUUCCAUAAAACCCAAUGAAAGUAUUGAUGCAGUCCUUGAACAGUUGGGAGGCAUAGGAUUAGCGAGGACACAGGAAAGUGAUGGCUCUUCUUUCCGUCUCUGCAAUUUGGGAUGAAAUUGACAUCUCUGAGAGAUUGGUCAUCUGAAGAGUAGUAAAUUGUUUGAACGAGGUUGUGUUAACUUCCUGCAAAUGGAUGGAGCAGGAAAUGGUGGCAGAAUAAGAAAAAUGGUGUUUGUAACAGUGGGAACAACAUGCUUCGAUGCUCUUGUUAAAGCCGCUGAUUCUAGACAAGUUAAAGAAGCAUUGUCAAAAAGAGGUUACACCGACCUUAUGAUCCAAAUGGGCCGAGGGUCAUAUGUCCCAUCCAAGGUUUCAGAAGAAGAUGAGCCUCUUACUGUGGAUUACUUUGCUUUCUCACCCAGCAUUGCUGACUACCUCAAAUCAGCAUCCCUUAUCAUCAGUCAUGCGGGUUCCGGGAGCAUAUUUGAGACGUUGCAAUUGGGUAAAUCCUUGAUUGUUGUUGUGAAUGAGGACCUGAUGGACAACCACCAAAGCGAGCUGGCAGAGGAACUUGCUGAGAGGAAGCACCUAUUUUACGCUCGGCCCCAGAUGCUGCAGCAGACUAUCGAAACCAUGGAUUUGGAGACUUUGGUCCCAUAUGUUCCAGGCAGUCCAAAGCCGGUGGUUGACUUGAUUAACAAGUUCCUCGGUUUCCCAGCCGAUUGAGUGUACGAUAAGCUGCUCAUAAGCUUUUCCAAACAAAAUGUUUCAGAUAGGAGGGAUUGUAAUAUGAGAAUGGAUUUGAAGUCUCUAGUUCGUUAUGCACAAGGCUAUCCUGUGCCAGUGGUUGACUGAAUGAACAAAUUCCUAUGUUUUUCAUAUCUGUGUAGAACAAGCUUCUCCAUAAGUUUUGGAAAACAAAAUCUUUCAGAUGGUAGGUUUUGUCAUAUGAAAUCCAAGAAGUAUUGAGAUCAUUGAUAUUUGAUUUAACUUUA